AACUAUUCUGUGUCAAUAGUUGUGUUUUGUGUUUUAUUUUGUUAUUUUGUGAAUUUGAAAAUAACCUCCUUCGUUCUUCUGAAUUCUUAUAUUUACUAAUAUUUUCUAUUUCUAACUGCAAAAUAUGGGUGAAGGAGAAUAUGAAUUAGCCGGAACUUCCAAAAAAGGCAGACAGCGAAAGAAACAGCUUUAUAACCGAAUAUUACAGCAAAUGGAAUUUUAUUUUAGCAACUCUAAUCUCACCAAAGAUAGAUUUAUGUCUCAACUCCUAAAGGAAGAUCCUUAUGUUAACCUAAAAAUCUUCAUGGAUUUCAACAAAAUCAAAAAACUCAACUGUACCAUAGACGAUAUUCGUAAGGCAAUCAGCAAAUCCAAAAUAAUAGAACUCUCCGAAGAUAAAGAAAAAAUCCGCCGUAUCACGCCCUUGGUCACUAAGGAAAAUGUUGACGAAUGCACCAUUUACGUAGAAAAUAUAAAACUGGACGCCGACCACGAAUGGCUCACUCAGCUGUUUUCAGACUUUGGGAAAAUCGAUUACGUUUCGAUACCCAAGUAUAUGAACAACAAGGGUAACAAAGGAUUCGCUUUCAUCGAAUUUGAGAAAGAAUCCGAUGCUAAGAGCGCCCUCGCUUUCUUUGAUAGCAUCGGUUGUAAAAUGCCCUCAGAAACCAAUCCGGAAGACUUGAGAAGUAUAAAAACUUUUGAAGCUCAAGAUAGUGUGGAGCCGGCUGUGAAUAGAAUAACUAAGUUUGAAGAGAUGGAUGGAGACGAUGUUGGUGUGACGGAAGAAAGUGACUCAUAUGAGAAAGAUAGUGGUUCGAGGAAGAGAAAGUUGUCUGAAGAAGCAGAUGAGGUUGCCAAAGAAGCUCCAAAGGUGAGUGGAUCCAAAUCAAAGAAAAUUAAACUAUUAGUGGAAAAUAAUGGGCAUUCAGAAAAGAAAGAACAAAACGACGAUGAAGAAAGACAAAUCGAUGAAAACAAAGGAGAAAUUAGGAAAGCUGAGGAAGAAGAUGCAAAGGCAGAAACUCGGAAUGAAACAAUUGAAGGUGGAGACACGGAUAGUAAAAGAAAGAGUAAGAAGCAGAAGAAAGACAAGAAGAAGAAUUACAUCAAAGAGCUUGGGCUGCAGGUUUUAUCAAAAUUCGAAUGGAAAAAAAUGCGGAAUCGCUAUCUGGAUUUGCAGAGGAAGAAGAUGAGAGAGUUCAAGCAGUACCUCAACAGACAGAAGUUUUCUGCGAAAGGACACAUACGAACAAAAGCUCUAAAAGAAGAAGCUGGUCAGUUGGUGGAAGAGAUGCCCCAGAGAGAGGAGGAACCCGUAAAGUUGGAGUACGUUCCUGGUGUUAUAGUCAAGUUGAAGUUGGCAGAACCUUGCAUGGAUGCCAAAAAGUUGAAGAACGAAAUCAAAGCCUUCUCAUCGGAGGUCAAGUACGUGGACGUUCCCUUACCGGCUGGCAGCGAAGAAGUUUUUGUGAGGUUCUCCAACUCGGACAGCGCCAGAGAAUUUACAGACCAAGAUUUUCCAGGGGAGAAAGUAGUAUUGCACAAUGACGAGGAGAAAGUGUAUUGGGAAAAAAUCCAGAACGACAGGAACGUCAAGUUCGCAAAGAGCACAAAGAAACUGAGGGGGAGGAACAAGUUGUUGAAAAAAGCCGAGAAGAAUAGGGCCCAGCAUAUCAAGUUUGAAGAGGGGGAAUGAACGGGUUUUGGAGUUUGUACCCACCAGGAGGUUGAGCUGUUUAUUUUCAAUCUGUUGGUCGUUCAAAAGGGUAAUUUUCUAGGAAGUUACUCGUGAUCCUGCAUUGUAUGAACUUAUGAAGCAAGUACAAAUAAGUUUACUGGCUAGAGUUACUCAGUAUUUUAAGAUUUUUUAGGAAAAACUAUACAUUAUAUGUAAUUGUUGCAAA